GUCAGCGUUGCUUGCGUGCACAAGGAUGGCCCGUCCUCAGAGCUCCAGUCUCUCAUUGCGGCCACCGCAGCCGCAGUUUGCCGCUGCGAUCCGGAGGGUUCCUGCCCUAUUUGCCUUGCGAGAUGGACCCCGGAAGACAGCUUGAUCGUCCUGUCUUGCCACCACGUCCUCCACGUGGACUGCUUUUGGAAAGUGAUUAUGUCUUCCGGAGCCGAGACUUUACGAGGA